AUGAUCACCAAGUUCAUGACCGAAGUCACAGCCAAGUUCAAUCCCUUCUCGGCCUGCGCCAAACCGGCGCGUCUCUUCCUGACCUAUCUGCCUCCCAACGCCCGAUCCAAUGGCAUGACCAUCCACACUACUCUGCUACCCCGAAACUCGACCGAGCCGAGCUCCGUCAAGAUCAAAUUCAAGGACGGAAAGGAAAUGGACUUCAACUGCGAGAAGAUCAAUGUCAAGGGCCUCGUCGAGGAAGCCGACCGACACUCCCGACAACUGCAGAAAGCGGCGGACCUUGCGGAUUAA